AAGCAACAGCAAAAUGAAAUGUUAGGGCUCUCUACUCUAUCUAUAUAAACGCCCUCUCAUUUUUACAACCCUUAAAUUCUCUGUCCACUGACGCAAAGCAUCCUCUCAUCUUUCAAUCCGUACACCCACAGCGUUCUUUGCAGUAUUGAGAUUCACAGGUUCACGAGGUUGCAAUGGGGAAAAGAAUUAGUGCGCGCAUCCGAAAAUUUAUUUCCAGUACUGAACCCGGGCCCACCAGACCGACUACUUCAAUGGGUGUGGAUGUAACAGAAGAAUACGCUAAUGCCUUCCGCACCGAAUCAUACCUCGACUUCUGGACACGUGUCGUGGCAUUAUCCAAUGGAGACUUAACCAAGUCCAACAAGCGCAUGCCAAUGGAGUCAACUACCGCAGCUCGGCUCCCAUCCUAUCGGCUCUUCGCGGAGCACCUUUUGGAUCCGGACCAACCCAUGGUUGCUCGGAUCUUAACCAUGGCCCCGGACCACCCCACACUCUUAUCCGACUACUUCACCCAAACAGCCGACGCUUCCAUCCUAUGUGGCCUCCUAUUAAAAGACAUUGACCGUACACGUGUCAAAUACCGUUCCAUCAAAACCAGCCUCCAAUCCUUAAAUGACAGGUCUACCCCUGAAACACUUACCCGCCUAACGAAAUUAACCAGUGCCUUGUCCCUGAUUCGCAUUCAAGCCAUUCAAGCUGGGUGCUCAAAGUUGCUAAAACGGCUCGAGUCAACUCGCAACAAGGCUCGAGCAAAGCUUCGGCUAGCGAACAAAUUAAGAGCCGGCUCAGCUAUUUUCUUAGUGGCGCUAACGGCUUCGUUAAGUGUAAUUGUAGUCACGCAUGCUCUUGCACUAGUUGUGGCGAUGCCGGCUUUUAUAGCUGCUUCUCUUGACUUGGCUUCGGCGAGGAGGCUAGCGAGGAUGGCUGCUCAGCUCGAUGCAGCCACCAAGGGGACUUACAUACUAAACAGAGAUCUAGAGACUGUUAGCCGGCUCGUGGCUCGGCUGAAUGAUGAGAUAGAGCAUAUGCAUGGCAUGGUUACGUUUUGGGUGGGGCGUGGAGAGGACUGGAGCCAAGCCAGCGGCGAAGUGGGUCGCCAGCUGAAGAAAAAUGAUUGUAGCUUUAGGCAGCAGCUUGAUGAGCUAGAGGAACAUUUGUAUCUGUGUUUCAUGACCAUUAACAGGGCCAGAAAUCUAGUUGUGAAGGAAAUUCUGGAUCCGGGCCAUACUCAUAGCACACAAUGACCCCCGCGCGCUGCGCUGGUGGUUGAAUGUAUAAAUUAUUGGGUCAUAGUCAGUUUCAAGUUUCAUAAAAUGCAGCAAAUGCUCCUAAUCGAUGUUACGUUACGAAUCUACGAUGCAAAGACCAAAGGCCAAAUUUGGGUUUACUAGGUAGGGUCUAUAAUAUGCAUGUAAAUGGGUCGGUGCAUGAUUUAGACAGAUAAUAAACUACUAUAAGGUCUUCAUCA